ACCAAAUGCUGUGUUUAUAAAAGACACAGAUUUGUGGAAAUUAGUCAGUCUUAGGUUAGAUUUCUUAACGAACUUAUUCUCUAUCUGCCGAUAUGUGGACCCGGUACGCAUUAGUGUUGUUCGCAUUGAUGAGCGUGGCAUACUGCUAUCCUCAAGGUCGCGUCGUCAAUGGUACAUCGACAGGCAUUGAAAAAUAUCCGUUUAUGGUAUCAUUGCGCGGUUCGACUGGUUCACACUCAUGCGGCGCAAGCAUCAUAGCGCCACGUUGGAUACUCACCGCGGCACAUUGUGUCUACCGUACUAGACCCACAUCCAUUAGCAUACAAUAUGCCUCGACCGUGAUCAGAGCCAGAGCCGCCAAUGUGGCGUCGGUGAAACGCGUUAUCUGGCACGAGAACUAUUCGAGUUACUACUUAACAGAUGACGUCGCGUUGUUGGAGCUGUUCGGUCAAUUGGUGUUCAACUAUAAUACCAUUGCACCGGUUACAUUGCCAGCGCAGAACUAUGAGAUACCACAGAUUGCUGAGGGUGUGCCCGGUGUAUUGGCCGGUUGGGGUUUAAAUGCUACUGGCGGUUAUAUCCAAACCACUCUGCAGGAAGUUGGUCUGAAGAUUUAUUCCGAUGAAGAAUGUAUCUCACGCCAUAACAACGACACGACUAUUCACAAUAUUUGCGGCGGCGUUGAUGACGGUUGGAAGGGUCAAUGCAGUGGCGAUUCCGGCGGUCCCCUACUUUCUGAAGGAAACGUUCAAUUGGGUAUUGUGUCUUGGAGUAUCAAACCAUGUACAGUACCACCAUAUCCAGGUGUAUACACAAAGGUUUCUCACUACAUUGAUUGGAUUAAGGAGAAUUGUGAUUCAUGUAUUUGAAUUGUUUAACUAUGGGCACCUCAAAAUAAAAACUUGGUGAUUAUUUUCUAAAAAACACAAAAACC